AUGACCGCUGCUGUGUCCAAAAUUGGGGAGAACCUUGGUCCAAAGGAACAUCUGCCGGAGAGAAAGGUCUACACAGAUUCAAGUUCUGAUGACUCUGAAACUGAUGCCAAUGCGAAUGCAACACCAGUGGCCCGAGCCAAGACAGCAGAUGCAUCUGGCAACAAGAGUGUGGUUAGGACCAAGAGGACUGUUGAAAGCUUGGGAGAGCGAGGAAGAAUUCCAAACAGUUUGUACAUUUCAGUCCUGAUUAUCAUCUUGCUUCAAUCAUGCAGUGGCAUGUACCAAGUCAAGACCCUGCAGCAAUGGUGGGCUUCUGUUACCACUUCUUCGAGAACAAUCUAUAAUCAUUUCGAGUACCUCAAGGAUCUGAUGAACUCAAUCUAUAUGGGAGAUAUUCGAGGCACACAAGAAUAUGUGAUUGCGGCAGUUGUCACGGCACUUGUGGCAUCUCUGGUUGGAAUUUUCUUUUGGGCUCCCCUUCGAGCAGGUGUGUGGACAGGGCAAAGAGCUUCGAGGCAUAAAAUGCACCGUUACAUGGGACUUUUGUUCUUGAUACAAUACACUUUGGCAUGGGUGGAGUUCUUGACAGACUAUCGCGGUGAUGGCUCUCAGAGCUUUUUGACUCAUUCCCUGGCAAUCAACGGUGUUGUACAAGCCUAUUCUGCUUACUUUUCCUUCAAGGUACUACCAAAAGGCGUUGACGCAGGGUACUACUCGGACAAAGGAGUCUUAUCCAGAGACUUUAUCCAUGAGAAUGCUUUCUUUCAAAUGAUGUGCCUUUUUGGCUCAGUGUAUUACGAUAGUGGCCGACGGGAGUUACUCAGAUCCACUCUACCUGGGAAGUUCGUCGAAAUUUUGUUCAUCUUCUUUCCCUAUGCCAUAGUCCGCCCAUUCUUCCCUGUCACCAGCUUCAACAAGGCAGCAACCCGUCAGAAGAAUACACGCUCAUCAGGCCUAGAACGCUUCUACGAAAUAGGAACAACUAUGAUCAAGAUCUUCUAUCUAUGGGCAAAGUACUUUCUUGGCUUUCACAUCAACUUUAUGGUGUUUCUGGGAAUCGUCAAGCCACAAAAUCAAAUGUUUGUUCAUGGUUUGUACCUGCUCAAUCUUGGAACAGUUUCCCUUGGAGUGUUCCUUCAUACCCUUCGAUUCAAGAAAAUUUUACCUGCAUGGUUCACAUUCUCUGUGUACCUGUGUCAAAUCUAUGCCACCUUUACGGCGCUGCCCUAUGCCAUCGAUGUUUUUGGCACCCAUCCAAAGCUGUGCUUGGUCUCCUUGGCAGGUUUUCUUCUCAACAUGACACGGAGCAAAAAGCUUCAUGCAUGCUGGAGUGUUGGGACUAUGCUGCUGCUAGUGUUGGCUGAUAUUGAAUGGUAG